GGCUUCACCUUUCGCCGGGAGUUUUGCCUUUCGCCGAGGAUUUCGUCUUUCGUUUAACUAUAGUACACAAAAUACUAGUACACAAAAUACAAAUACUCAUGAUGUUCCCAUAGAACCUUUAUUUGAAAUUGACAACACGUUGGAAUCCUUCAAUCGUAGGUUAGAACGUUAUAAGAAGCAUAAUUGGACUGUUGCAAUGAGAGAUGCUUGUGAUCAAAUGAAAUUAAGAAAUAUCAAGCCGGAUGUAAAUACGUAUAACAUACUGCUAUCGGCAUAUCAAAGUGACGGAGAUGUAUUAGAAUCAUUCAAAUUACUGGACGAUUUGUUAUUAGCAGGAAUAAAGCCAAACAUAGAUACAUACAAUGCUUUAUUGAAGACAGCUAUAAUGUCUCCGGGAAAUCAACCUGCUCAUCUACGGGAACUUAUUUUUGACAUGAUCGAAAGAGAUUGGCUUCAGCCAACCAUUGUAACUUAUGAUAACUAUCUUACAGCUUUGUUAGUUAAUGGAGAAAUUGAACGAGGUAUUGAUUUUAUAGACAUUUUGAAAAAUAAAGGAAUUCAGCCAACGGUCACAAUGUACGAAAACUUGAUGAAGAAGAUAUGUCAUUUUGAAUGGCCUGAAGAAGCACUUGCUUUACUAAAGAGGAUGGAAGCUGAAAAUUUACCGACAUAUUCAUCGAUGUAUUAUGAUGUUUUAAGAUGUUCUGCAGAUCAAUAUUACCUCGAUGGUCUAAUAUAUUGUUGGGAAAAAAUCAUCGAAGAACGUUAUCUAGAUCUUGACGAAGGUGCUUGUAUAGACGUCCUUCAUGUAGCUGCAAGGUUUGGAAAGCCUCAUCUUGCGGCACAGGUACUCGCAUAUUUGACGGAAAAUCGCAAAGUAUCUCUUGAUAAAUGGCAUUUGGAACCACUAUUGGAAGCUUUUAUUAAUGACAAUGACAUUAAACAAGCUAUGGACAUGCUAUCGGUAAUGACCGCAGCGGGAGUUAAGCCAAAUAGUAAGACCGCACUUCCGAUCGUAGCUGCCAUUUCUAAAAACGUUGAAUCCAUUGAUAAAGCAUAUUACAGCCUGGAAGAACUUGUUAAAGAUGGUAAAAAAGUUGAUGUGCUGGCUUUAAAUACCAUAAUUAACGCAUGUCGCUUUGUCAACGGAUUCGGGAAUAAAUUUGGAAAUCGAACCAAACCAGAUAUACAUCGUGCCGUAGAGACAUACAAAUCAGCAGAAAAACUGGGCGUUAAACCAGAUGUUCAUACGUUUAAUGCGCUAUUGGGUGUAUGUUUUUCAGCGCAACAUCGUGAACUAGGACAACAAUUCUGGACGGAGAUGCAACGUGCAGGCAUACAACCUGAUAGCGAGUCGUAUCGUCGUAUGAUAUACUUGUGCUGUAGUACAGAUUACGAUUACGAAGAUGCAUUU